GGAGAAAGUGUCAUCAUGGCUGCUACCUAAGAGUUCAUAGUCGAUUUCUCUUAUUCUUUACUCUAAUAGCGAGUUAAUGUAAGUGUUUAUAUUUUCAAACGAAUGGUUGAGAAUGAAUUAAAUAAUAACAUACUUUCCAGAAUGAGAUAAUCGAAUAUAAGUGCACAGUUUAAUAAUACAACAUGCUUGCCUUACCUAGUAGAUGUAUCAGGCAAAAUAUUGAAGUCCUUUUGCAGUGUAAAAGGCACAUUCGCGGCUCGGCGGGCAUGUCGACGCCCAAGGGCACGGAUGGGCAGCGCAAGGUGCGCGAGUACGCACUGUCACGCUACCUGCAGUUCCUCACCAAGUACCAGGCACACCUGGAGCGACAGUUCCCGUCUGUGUACCACGUGUACCGCAUCUUCAUGGCGGGCAUGCGGGAUUUCUACGCGGACGUGAAGACCUACCUGAGGAUAGCGUCAGAGCUGAACCUGACGGGCCGCGGCCUGCGUGACCUCAGCCACGCGGAGAUGCGCGUGUACCACCAGAUGCCUAAGGACAUGGUGAAGGUGGCACCAGUACUGUUCCUGUCGGCGCUGCCCUUCACCAACUACAUCAUCCUACCCCUCCUGUACACGUUCCCACGGCAGCUGCUGUGCGCGCACUUCUGGAUGCUGCAGCAGCGCGCGGAGUUUGCGAAGCACGCGCUGCGCAGACGGCUGUACAACUACCGGCCGGUGUUCCGCUGCCUGCAGGAGCACUUGGGCGCGCUGCGCGACAGCCCUCUGCACGCCCAGUGGCGCGCCGUGCUGGGCCAGCUGGGCAGCGGCGUGCACCCGCGCACGGACGCCGUGCUGGCCUGCCGGCCGCUCUUCCAGGGUGACCCGUACAGCCUGCUGCACCUCUACUCCGGCCACGUGAAGGGACUGCUGCGGAUGCACGGAAUGCACGCGGGCUGGCGGCGCAGGACGCGGCUGGCGCAGCACGCCUACAGUCUCCACGAGAUGGACCGUGCCAUCAUCAGGGAGGGCGGAGCGCCGGCGCUCUCGCCUGACGACCUCAGAUGGGCGUGCGCGCUGCGCGGCCUGAACCCGGGCAGCGAGCGCCUGGAGGAGCUGGCGGGCUGGCUGGCGCGCUGGCUGGCCGUGUCGUGCCACGUGGACGACACGUGCUGGUCCCUGCUGCUGCACUGCCCCGUGCUGCUGGCCUACAACCACCCCGCCAACUGGGUGCUCAUCCACUGAGCAGCGCCGCUGUGGCUUCACGCUGAGACGGCCGGCCGUACGAGCGUCCUUGUUCGACUCCGCCUUCCCGACACUCCUGCAGCGUCGUUGCAGUCGCAGCGAGACAUCGCGGACAGAAACCAGGAAGGCAACUUUCGCUGGUGAAGAUUAGCAGAUCCUGUAGAUGAAGUCUGGCAUUUGUAACGACCACUGAAAAUUGAAGCUUGUGUGCAAUUGUAUGUUUUUUUUUUUCCCCUUAUAACUAUAAAUAUUUUGUGUAAAGUA